AUGUCAGAAUAUAAAUUAUGUGUCUUUGGAUCUGGUGGUGUUGGUAAAUCAUGUCUAACUAUGCAGUUUGUUCAAGGUAUUUUUAUGCCAAAAUAUGAUCCAACUAUUGAAGAUGUUUAUAAAAAAAAUGUUGAAAUUGAUGGAAGACAAUAUUCAUUAGAAAUUCUUGAUACUGCUGGAACAGAAGAUUUUUCAGCUAUGAGAGAUUUAUAUGUAAAAAAUAGUCAUGGUUUUGUUCUUGUUUAUUCAAUAACAUCUCGAGCAACAUUUAAUGAUUUGGAUGAAUUUUAUAAUCGAAUCGUACAUAUAAAAGAUACUGAAAUUCAUGGUCAACCACCAUUGGUACUUGUUGGAAAUAAAAGUGACUUAGAAGGUGAACGUGUUGUUCCACGUCAAGAUGGACAAGAGUUAGCAAGACGAUGGAAAUGUACUUUUCUUGAAACAUCAGCUAAAGUUCAAUUAAAUGUUAAUGAAAUCUUUUUUGACCUUGUUCGACAAAUAAAUCGAACAACAAAUAAACAAUUUACUCGUUAUCAAAGAGAAGUCCACGCAGCACCUAGACAAGGACCAACUAGACCACCACCAAUUAAUCCUACCUAA